AUGUCGGGCGAGGCGUGGUUAUACCUACUUGCUGUUCUGAUAAAUGCCGUCAAUCUUUUCCUCCAGGUCUUCUUCACUAUUAUGUACAGCGAUCUAGAAUGCGACUACAUCAACCCGAUUGACCUUUGCAACCGUCUCAACACCUACAUCGUCCCCGAAGCGGCUGUCCAUGCAUUCCUGACAUUCUUAUUCGUGAUCAAUGGAUAUUGGCUGGCUAUACUGUUCAAUCUGCCUCUUCUGGCCUUCAACGCGAAGAAAAUCAUUGACAACCAACAUUUGCUCGAUGCAACUGAGAUUUUCAGGAAAUUAAACGUUCACAAGAAGGAAUCGUUUAUCAAACUUGGCUUCCACCUGGUCAUGUUCUUCUUCUACCUCUACAGCAUGAUUGUCGCACUCAUCAAAGACGAGUCUAACUGA